CUGGGCCCAGCUGUGUGUUUUGCUAACAGCCUUUGGUUACCUGUUUCUCUGACAGCAGACACAAGACUUCGAAAUAAUUUUCCUUUGUGGACUUCUGUUUCUUAAUACCCGGCCCCUGCGGCGGGAUCAUGUCUACCCCCACCUGCUGCGCUGUCAGGAUUAUCAGCAGCUCCUUUCAUAGAGGUGUUGGUGUUUGUGGUCGGGGGCACGUUUCUGUUUUUGGAAGACCAGGAUAUUUUGAUACUGUUGUUCAGCGGAAGAUCCCAUCAAGAAGUUUUUCAAAAACCACUGUGUAUUUUGCCUCUAAAGAUGGAACUACUAAAGAUGGCUCUGGGGAUGGGAAUAAGGUAUUAUCUCCGGGCUUCCAGAAAUCUGUAGCGGAAGGCAGCAGUAAGAAAUCUACCGGGGGCUCUGGAAAAGGAGGCAAUCAGUUGCGAUGUCCAAAAUGUGGAGAUCUGUGCACCCAUGUGGAGACCUUUGUCUCCUCUACCCGUUUUGUAAAGUGCGAGAAAUGCCACCAUUUCUUUGUUGUGUUGUCAGAAGCAGAUUCAAAGAAAAGCAUCAACAAGGAGCCAGAGACUGCAGCUGAAGCUGUUAAACUGGCAUUUCAGCAGAAACCACCUCCACCUCCCAAAAAGAUAUACAACUACCUCGACAAAUUUGUGGUUGGACAAUCUUAUGCCAAGAAAGUGCUUUCUGUAGCAGUGUACAAUCAUUAUAAGAGAAUAUAUAACAACAUACCAGCUAACCUCCGGCAGCAAGCAGAAGUUGAGAAGCAGGCAUCAUUAACACCUAGAGGCAAGCGUAAGAGGAAAGACACUCAGGUUGUUAGGGAUUCUGAUGCAAUGGUGGCAAUCUCAGAUCUUCAGUAUCCUGUGUAUUGGGACCUCCUGGAAUUUUGUGAUGGUUUCCGAAAGCUUCUAGAUGAUUUGCAUCUGGAUAAGGUUCACUUGUUUGGUGCUUCCCUUGGCGGUUUCCUAGCCCAGAAAUUUGCCGAAUACACUCACAAAUCUCCCAGAGUUCAAUCCCUUAUCCUCUGUAAUGCUUUCAGUGAUACCUCUAUCUUCAACCAAUCCUGGACAGCCAACAGCUUCUGGCUAAUGCCUGCCUUCAUGCUAAAGAAGAUUGUAUUGGGGAACUUUGGAUCUGGCCCUGUGGAUCCUGUUAUGGCUGACGCUAUUGAUUUCAUGGUCGAUCGGUUGGAAAGCCUUAAUCAGAGUGAACUGGCUUCUCGUCUCACCCUAAACUGUCAAAAUUCCUAUGUGGAACCUCAUAAGAUUCGGGACGUUGCUGUGACCAUCAUGGAUGUGUUCGAUCAGAGUGCACUUUCUACAGAGGCUAAAGAAGAAAUGUACAAACUUUACCCCAACGCUAGGAGGGCCCACCUGAAAACUGGAGGCAACUUCCCAUAUUUGAGUAGGAGUGCAGAAGUCAACCUGUAUGUCCAGGUGGAAACACAUUAA